AGAUACUUAAGUAUAAAAAUGCAAUUAGCAUUAUUGGCAAGAAGUUUAACUAAAGUUGCAAAAAAUUAACGAAAUAAAAUUGAAAAUAUGUACAAAAUAUAAAAACAUUUUUUUGUUUAUAUUUCAUGGGUAAACACAUCAUUAUUUCGCGCCUUUAAUCAUUUUUGCAUUGUUGCUUUACGUCAUUGGUUUUUGUUAGUACGUAGCUUUUACAUAGAUCAAAUGACAUAUUCACGCCUUGAUGUAACAAAACUGUUACUUUUAAAAUUAGAAAACUCUUGUUUCCUAUUCAAUGUGCAUUUUUUCCAAAAUUAAUGGAAGUAUAUUAUUUAUAAAAUGAAGAGUCUACUUUUAAGUAUACUUAACAAAAGCAAAUAAGACAGAUUCAAUAAACAAAAAAUCUGUUGGCAAUUUCGGCAUAUUUUCAAAAAUCUCAAACCUUCAAAUAUAUGUUUACUUUUAUUUGUAAACUUUUACGCUAAUUUGCACAAAUAUUUGUUUAAAAAAAAUUUACUCAAAUAUUGUUAAAACAAUUACUUUUACUUUGAACAUGUUGGCUACUGUUUCGCGUGCAAGAGUCAGACAAUCGCUGAAGAAUUGGUCUUAUGAUUUACGAUUAUUUCGUUGGUUCUACAAAGAAUUCGAAGAGCAAAGGGACUCACCGCACCACAACUAUGCUAGCGAAGCAACUAUCGAAAUCCCUGAUACUUUCAAAUGCAUACGUUUGGAAACAUUUCCAUCUAAAACCAUUACUUUAAAUAAGGAACAAGCAGAACGCAUGUAUACGCAUAUGAGCACCAUACGACGUUUGGAAACUGUUGCCAAUGCUAUGUAUAAGGCAAAACUCGUGCGCGGCUUUUGCCACCUUUAUACCGGACAGGAAGCUGUUUGUGUGGGUAUACAUGCUGCAAUGCGUCCGACGGAUCACCUUAUUACGGCAUAUCGUUGCCAUGGUUGGUGCUAUUUGAUGGGUCUCAAGCCAAUGGAAAUACUCUCCGAAUUGGCUGGACGUGAGGCGGGCUGUCAGCGUGGUAAAGGCGGCUCCAUGCAUAUGUACAAUAAAAGAUUUUAUGGUGGUAAUGGCAUUGUGGGUGCACAGGUGCCGUUGGGCGCUGGUAUUGGUCUUGCAUUGAAAAAUGAAGCGAAGGGCAAUGUUUGUGUGGCUUUGUAUGGUGAUGGUGCCGCCAACCAAGGACAAAUAUUUGAAGCAUAUAAUAUAGCGUGUCUUUGGCGUUUGCCGGUGAUUUUUGUUUGUGAAAAUAAUGAAUACGGUAUGGGCACAAAAAUGCAUCGUUCUUCGUGUUCUAUUGAAUAUUACACACGUGGUGUGCCAUUGCCUGGCAUUUACGUCGAUGGUAUGAAUAUUUUGGCAAUGCACAAUGCUGCCGAGUUCGCUAUUGGCUUUGUACAAAAAGAAGGACCAAUUAUCAUAGAAGCGCAUACAUAUCGAUAUUUCGGUCAUUCAAUGUCGGAUCCAGGUACAAGCUACCGUACACGCGAUGAGGUUGCAGAAGUGCGUAGUAAACGUGAUCCAAUUACUUAUUUCAAGGAAUUAACUAUCUCGCAUGGCUUAUUAACUGAGGAUCAGUGCAAAAAAAUAGACGAGGACAUUCGAAAGAACAUUGAUGAAGCAGCCGAAAAAGCAAAAAAAUCCAAUGAAGUAAAAAAGGAGGAAUUGUGGGCAGAUGUAUAUAUGGAUAAUAAGGAAGUGGGUAUACGAGAUACAAUUGGGAAUCGACAUAAACAUUUUCAUGCUGGCAAGAUACUUGAAAAAGAUCAUAUUAAGUUAAAAUCAUUUAAACCGGAUAUCGAAUUCCAACCAAAGGAUAUACCAAUGGAAAUAAAGGAGUGGGAGGCGCAGAUGGAAGCAAUAAAAGAUGUAGAAAAGGUUAAAAAAUCCAACCAGCCAUCAAAAUCGAAUAAGGAGCCAGAGAAGAAGUAAUUGCUAGUGGCGAUUAACAGUAGAAAGCAAAAAAAAAAGGUUAUGAAUUUCUAUUGAGGCAUUAAAUAACAUAUAAAAAUCUAUGUACAUAUGUAUGUAUUAUUUAUGUAACAAUUUCAAAUAAAUUUUUAAUUACG